AUGCUCUCCAUCUCUAAACGGGCCAAUCUUCGUCUGGCCGCUCGCCGAGCGUUUACCACGAGCCGUGUUGCUCACAAGGUGGUUUCGCAGGAGCAGGUCAAAGGUACCGAUGCCAACAAGCAUAUCAACAACAAAUACCAGGUCAUCGAUCACGAGUACGAUGCGGUUGUCGUAGGUGCUGGUGGUGCCGGUCUCCGCGCGGCGUUCGGUCUUGCCGAAGCAGGCUUCAACACCGCCUGUAUCACCAAGCUCUUCCCUACUCGUUCGCAUACCGUUGCUGCUCAGGGUGGUAUUAACGCCGCUCUUGGUAACAUGCACCCCGACGACUGGCACUGGCACAUGUACGAUACCGUCAAGGGUUCGGACUGGCUCGGUGACCAGGAUGCCAUCCACUAUAUGACUCGCGAGGCUCCCCAGUCUAUUAUUGAGCUCGAGCACUAUGGUGUUCCUUUCUCGCGUAAUGACGAGGGUCGCAUUUACCAACGCGCUUUCGGUGGUCAGUCAAAGGAGUACGGUAAGGGUGGUCAGGCCUACCGUACCUGCGCUGUUGCCGACCGCACUGGUCAUGCUCUCCUGCACACCCUUUAUGGCCAGUCUCUGCGCCACAACACCCAGUUUUUCAUUGAGUUCUUCGCUCUCGAUCUGUUGAUGGAGGACGGUGUCUGUAAGGGUGUUAUUGCUUACAACCAGGAGGACGGUACCCUUCACCGCUUCAUUUCCCACAACACCGUUAUUGCCACUGGUGGUUACGGUCGUGCUUACUUCUCGGCCACUUCUGCCCACACCUGUACCGGUGACGGUAUGGCCAUGGUCACCCGCGCUGGUCUUCCCUUGCAGGAUCUUGAGUUCGUUCAGUUCCACCCUACCGGUAUUUACGGUUCGGGCUGCUUGAUCACCGAAGGCUCUCGUGGUGAGGGUGGUUACUUGCUUAACUCCGAGGGUGAGCGCUUCAUGGAGCGUUAUGCCCCCACUGCCAAGGACUUGGCCUCUCGUGACGUUGUCUCGCGUUCUAUGACCAUGGAGAUCCGUGAGGGCCGUGGUGUCGGUCCCGAGAAGGACCACAUCUACCUGCAGCUCUCUCACUUGCCUCCGGAGGUUCUUCACGAGCGUCUUCCCGGUAUCUCUGAGACCGCCGCCAUUUUCGCCGGUGUCGAUGUUACCAAGGAGCCCAUUCCUGUCUUGCCUACUGUUCACUACAACAUGGGUGGUAUCCCCACCAACUACCACGGUGAGGUUCUUACGGUUGAGAACGGCAAGGAAAAGAUCGUCAAGGGCUUGUACGCUUGUGGUGAGGCCGCUUGUGUCUCUGUCCACGGUGCUAACCGUCUUGGUGCCAACUCCUUGCUUGAUUUGGUCGUCUUCGGUCGUGCAGUCGCCCACCGCAUUGCUGAUACUCAGUCCCCCAACCAGCCCGCUCUCAAAACCUCUGAGAACAUUGGUCAGUUCUCUAUUGAUAACCUCGACUGGGUUCGCAACGCCAAAGGCUCUAAGUCCACUGCUGAGAUUCGCUCGGCUAUGCAAAAAACCAUGCAGCGUGAUGUCGCUGUCUUCCGUAUGCAAGAGUCUCUUGAGGAGGGUGUCCGCAACAUUCACAAGGUUGACAACUCCAUUGUUGACCUUAAGACCACUGACCGCUCUAUGAUCUGGAACUCUGACCUCGUCGAGUCUCUCGAGCUCCAGAACCUGCUCACCUGCGCUGUGCAGACCGCCUACUCUGCUGAGGCCCGCAAGGAAUCUCGCGGUGCCCACGCCCGUGAGGACUUCCCUGAGCGUGACGACGAGAACUGGAUGAAGCACACUCUGUCUUGGCAGAAGGCUCCUGGUGAGCACGUGAAGCUCGAUUAUCGCAAGGUCAUUAGUGAGACUCUUGACGAAAAUGAGUGCAAGACCGUUCCCCCCGGCAAGCGUGUCUACUAA